UCUCAAACCGAACCUUACAGUUCUUACCCUAAGUUCCCUCCAAACCUACCAAUAACGCUCAACAACUCAAACCGCCAUCCCCACGCCCCGAACCAACCCACUAUUCGUCACAAGGACAGUCCCUGCACUGACAAAACAGUCGCGGAGCCCCCAUUCUCAGAGAAAAAAACUCGAGGCCCAACUCCGUGGUUAUUACACUGCGAAUAG